AUGGACGGCAAAGCUAGAAGAGGCUUUCCUGGAUUCCAAUUCGCCGUGUCUAUACUCAUGCGACUGCAGAAGGAGCGACCGACGAGUGGACGUAAGAUUCGGAGCCGCAAGGUGUAUCCAAACGACUGGCAACACGAAGACGUCUUUCAAACCUAUCCAUCCUCGGAGAUGGCAAUCCGCAGCAAGCAGAGUCCGACGGCGGUCCCAUUUGUGCCAAUAAGCCGAUCUGUGGACUGUAUCGACACUCUCAAAACUCUCGACAAUACGAACCCGACCGGGUUGAUGGAGUAUGCCGAUCUCCAUCUCGAUGCCUCUUCAGCCGAUGUAACAACGACUCCCUCCAUCAACCUAGCGUCAGCUGUUCCCACGACCAACAGUCCAGAAACGGACGAAACCUCCAGGAUCGGCUGUACACCCUUCGCUAUCGAUACCCCAAGCUCUCAUUCCGUGGUCUCCAUAGACGGUGCCACUUCUUGUCAAUUAUCGGAGCACACCAUCGCCGCCGAUUUCAUCAACACUGCAGCUUCCGCCGCCGAUCGGAACACUUCCGAUGCCACCUCAGAAGAAGACACAGGCUCGAACGCCAUCGCUCCCUCCCAUCCCGCCGCCAUCGCAAUACCCGAGACCGACCAGAAAACUUCGCCUGCUCGAGCCGAGGACAACGCCAUGACUGCCUGCCACCCGGUCGACAUCGCGAUGUUGGAGACGAACUGCGCCUGGUGGCUUCAAAGCCACUUACAGAUGGUACCGCCGAUCAGUCCGCCGGAACCCUUUGAUUGGGACCAGAUAGUCGUCAUUCCGGAGGAGGAGGAUUGGGAGCCGUGGCUUGACAACUCUGAUAUUGGUGAUGAGGAGGAAGUCGCCAAUCUCCAAGCUGCCGUUGAGGAGCUCGAACAACACUACGCAGCCCACGCCGCCGCCACAACGACCAUACCUCGCCGCCGAAUACGCCUCUUGGCAUGGGUGGUCAUGGGCUUUUGGCUCGUUGCAUGUGUCGUCGUCUUGCGCCGGUUGAAGCUAUAG